AUGUUUUCUUCUACAUCUUUACACUCGUCAAAUUCAACAACCACUAAAGGAUCCCAACUUUCGAAAAUUUCAACGAGUUUAUCUAGUUGUUUAUCUGUUAGCUCUGGUGAUUGGCUUCAAGGACCACAUGUUUACGCGUUGUACGAAAGCUAUGGCAUUGAAAAACAUGAAAUCGAAAUACUUUUUAUUGCUGGUUUUGGAUCAUCGAUGAUACUUGGAACCUUAGUUGCAUCUCUCGCGGAUAAAUAUGGUCGACGAAGGAUCUGUCUGUUGUAUGCAAUACUCUAUGGGGUAUCAUGCGUGACCAAGCAUUUUCCAGAUUUUCGAGUCUUGUUCGCUGGACGAUUACUCGCUGGCAUGGCGACGUCAAUUUUAUAUAGUGCAUUCGAAUCGUGGUUAAAUAAUGAACAUCGACGAAGGAAUUUCGAAUCCGGAUCAUUAGAAAUGAUCUUUACGAAUGCGUAUUUUGGAAAUUCAAUUGUAGCAAUUUUGUCAGGUAUUGCCGCGCAAAUCGUUGCUGAGACAUUUGGAUACGUAGCACCGUUCGAUAGUGCAAUCAUAACAUUUUUUGCUAUGUGUGUCUUUUUGAUCACGACUUGGUCGGAAAACUAUGGCGAUGCUAGUGCACCGGCUUCUCAAUCAUUUCUUUCUGCUUGGACUGCAAUACGAUCAGAUCGAAAAAUACUCCUUUUGGGAACUGUACAAUCGCUUUUUGAAGCCUCGAUGUAUGUUUUUAUAUUGGAAUGGACCCCUGCACUAACUCAAGCUUUGAAUAAAACAACGAUUGAUAAAACAAAUAGUAAAAAUCCUCCGAUUCCUCAUGGUUACAUUUUUGCCAGUUAUAUGGUAGCGAUGAUGAUGGGAUCUAGUGCAUUUGAAGUGUUUCGUAAUCAAACAACACCGGAGUCAUUUACAAGGUACAUUAUGAUUGUUUCAGCCUGUUGUUUGAGUGUACCAGUCUUUCUGCCAUAUGAUCAAAAAACGAUGUUCAUUGCGUUCUUGAUCUUCGAAUUUUGUAUUGGUUUAUUCUGGCCAGCGAUGGCAACAAUGCGAAGUAAAUAUGUUCCUGAAGAAGCACGAGCCACCGUUAUGAAUUACAUUCGUAUUCCGUUGAAUCUAAUUGUCGUUGUCAUAUUACUCAAAGAUUUUCAUCUGAAGAUCAUCUUCAUGAGUUGUGUCUUCUUCUUGGUUCUUGCCACUGUUAGCAUUUUCCUGCUACAUAAACUAACAUUACACCGUACUAUAUCAUUAUCUCCUGUUGGGUAUCUAACAAACGCACAGCAUGAGAAAAUGCUGCACGAUGCAAAUUCUUCGAUGAAUGAAGAAAUUUGA